AAAAACAUAAACGCGUCAUUUUUUCUUUGUGUGGAAAGUAAGGCGUAGAGCUUCUCCAGUCGUCCAUCAGCAUGCGCCAUAAUCAACUAAAUAGUCAAGGACAAAAUACACAAACUUAGCGAGGAGGCGUGCUGGAAAAUGUGCAAGUUUACUUGCCUGUGAAGUUUUGCCAUUGUCUCCAUGGAAGGACGAACAGUCGACGUUAAAGACACAUUUUAAAGAGCUCUGGCCAGGCCACUCUCGCUUUGAUGGCAUUACACAAGCAGCCUUAACAGACUCAGUUCACAUCCAAAACAAGACACUAUGGCAUACAGUGGGCCCAGCAUGAAUCCUCAAAGUGGUCUGAUGAACAGGAGUGGCAGCUUCUUCAAGUUUCUGCAUCCAGUGGCCCCCGGGUAAAUUGAGUUUGAGACCCCCUCUCUACUUGCUCGCUUCUAGAAGCAGUCGUUCACCUUCCGUAUAUUCAGACUCAAAAAGCUGAUUGAUGCAUUUGCCCUGGAGAUCGGGGAGUUGAAGAAGGAGAUGGUCCACACCUCUCCAACAGUGGAACAGGAGCCUACAGACACAGAAGGACCGGAGAGCGCGGUGAGCGGCGUUUAUCUGGAAUCCCCGGAUUGUGGCGGCGUGAGGGCUGAAAGGGAUUAUGGAUAUGACUCGUUGCGGAGGAGGAUGAGCGUGUUGGACAGACUGAGUAAAACCCACCCUGUUUGGUUGCUGCUUGCAAUCAGUGAAGAAGAGGCGACACGCAUCCUGCUCAAACAGCCACCGGGGGUGUUCCUGGUAAGGAAGUCGAUGGUUCUGCAGAGGAAGGUCCUCUCUGUGCGUCUGAAAGAGGAUCGGUCGGGAAGCUCCAUCAGCCACUUUCCUGUCAGAGAAAGCCAGUAUACAUUCUCCCUUGAUGGAUCUGGGAUCAGUUUUGCAGAUAUUUUCCGCCUGGUGGCUUUCUACUGUAUAAGCAGGGAUUUGUUGCCCUUCCCUCUCAAACUCCCCGAGGCCAUAGCAUCUGCCAAGACCCAAAAAGACCUGGAGGAGGUGGCACAACUUGGACCAGGCUUUUGGGACUCAGCUCUCUGCAGCCAGCCGCAGACCUCACACCCUCCCUGUCGCCCUUUGAGUCGAACCCUCAGCCCGCAGAGGACAAGCAGGGCUGGCGAGGACAAGGUGUCUCAGCCGAGCCACUGCGAAAGCGCGCCACCCACGUUGCGCCCCAAUCCUCACGCCGCUCGACAUGAGAGGAGGCAUUCCGGUGGUCUUCUUUGCUUCGUCAACCCACUCUUUCUCCAGACUCGACAGCGCCACCACUGUGAAGAGAAUCUAGUUCCUCCUGCUACUAAGUGCGACUCCGAGGAUGCGAGGACAGAGUCCGUGAAGCCAACGAGCAGCGGUCAAGAGAACGGGAGUAAGGUGAACCGUAAUUCCCACCCUCCUCCCCGGCCCCCUCCGCCUCGCUUAAUGCCACGCCGGCGACCCGCUCCACCUCCACCCGGACAACCAGCGCCUAUCACCAGACCCAAAAGCAUGCCAGUGGCCGUCCCUGUGGCUCCGAGGCAGCAGCAGGUCCGAACCAGGCGUCCGGCUCCCCCGAGGCCGACAAUGGGCGGAAAACAAAGCAGCCCAUCCAAAAGUGCCGGCUCACCAAUCACCGUGCCUGCCGACCCACCCCCUCCGAGACCUGCUAAGCCCGAUCUGGAAGCACGCCGCUGCCACAUUGCCCUCGAUGACGAGACCAUCGCUAAGGCCUUGUCUCAAGCUAAGCUCCCGCCGUCCGUCCCUGAGAAAAACGAUGGGAGUCCAUCUAUCCGGAACGAGAGAGGACUUCAACGGCUUAGUGACAUGAGCAUGUCCACGUCAUCUUCGGACUCUUUGGAGUAUUCACAGUCACCUGAAUAUAUGGUAGAGGACAGUAGUGAGGAGGAGGAGGACGAUGACGAUGACGAGGAAGUAGAAGAGGACUAUGGGGUGGGCCUGGAGGCCGACUUAGAAAUGCGUCUUCGUCCUUCCUUCAAAUCCCGAAGGCGCAGGGUGGGCGUGAGCCUGAGUGGGGGAUCCUUUAUUGUGCCUCGCGCCCUGAAGGGACGCUUCCGCAAGGUGAGCGGUAUGCUUACCUCCCUGAUGACUCCAGAGAGACGGGCGGUGAAAAAAAUAGCAGAGCUAUCCAGGGAUAAGAGUUCCUACUUCGGCUCCCUGGUCCAGGACUACAUCAGCUUUGUUCAGGAGAACCGUGGCUGCCAUACCUCGGGCGUCGAUUUCUUGCAGACGCUCCGGCAGUUUAUGACGCAAAUGAAAGCGUACCUGUGCCAAAGCUCCGAGCUGGACCCUCCUAUAGAGUCCCUCAUUCCGGAAGAUCUAAUCGAUCAAGUGCUGGAAAAGUCCAUGCACAAGUGUGUUUUGAAGCCACUGAAGAGCGUCAUUGAUGUGGCUUUACAUGACUUCCAGGUUAACAGUGGAGAAUGGCAGCAGAUGAAGGAGAACCUGGCUCUUGCUAAGACCAAGAGGCCCCAGGAGCUCGGGGUGGACGGUGCGGUACCCCCUGACCCUGUGGCCAUUAAAAGAAUCCGACAUAAGUUCCUGACCAUGAGCAAGAUGUACUCGCCUGAGAAAAAGGUGUCACUGCUGCUGCGGGUAUGCAAGCUCAUCUACACCAUCAUGCAGGACAACUCAGGGAGGAUGUACGGCGCUGAUGACUUCCUGCCCAUGUUGACUUACGUGGUGGCGCAGUGUGACAUGCCUCAGCUGGACACGGACAUCCAGUACAUGAUGGAGCUGCUGGAUCCUUAUCUGCUCCAAGGAGAAGGGGGCUACUACCUGACCAGUGCCUACGGAGCCAUGGCUCUCAUCAAGAACUUUCAAGAAGAGCAAGCGGCAAGAGUGCUGAGCUCAGAGACCAGAAAUACUCUGCACCAGUGGCACCGCCGCCGCACCACACAGCGCUCGGCGCCAACUGUGGACGACUUCCAGAACUAUCUCCGUGUGGCCAUGCAAGAAGUGGACAUGGAUUGCACCGCCAAAACCUUAGUUGUCCAUCCCUACACCACCACGGAGGACGUCUGUUCACUCUGCGCUGACAAAUUGAAGGUGGCGCAUCCUGAAAACUACUCACUCUUCCUGGUAACAGAAGACGCCAGUCAACAACUGGCCCCCGACACACACCCGCAACAAAUCAAAGCUGAGCUCCACAGUCGACCUUGGGCCAAGACUUUCCAUUUUGUCUACAGAAGAGUGCCUAUGGUCAGUCCUACACAUGGUGAAUGAUCUAGUUGAAUUAUAAGGGUGUAUUUCACCGAUAUGAAAGUGCUUGUUGGUGCUGGACAAAGUUUGUUUGAAUGUUACAGUCACGAUCAAAAGUUUACAUACACUUGUAAAGAACAUAAUGUCAUGGCUGUCUUGAGUUUCCAAUCAUUUUUACAACUUUUAUUUUUUGUGAUAGAGUAAUUGGAGCACAAACUUGUUGGUCACAAAAAAAACAUUGAACUUCUGGAGGAAAGUUCUGUGAUCAGAUGAAACAAAAAUGGAGCUGUUUGGCCACAAUACCCAGAAAUAUGUUUGGAUGAGAAAAGGUGAGGCCUUCAAUCCCAGGAACACCAACCCUACCAUCAAGCAUGGUGGUGGUAGUAUUAUGCUCGGGGCCUGUUUUGCUGCCAGUGGAACAGGUACUUUAAAUGGGACAAUGAAAAAGGAGGAUUAUUUUCCAAAUUCUUCAGGACAACCUGAAACAGGGGUAGUAGGGAACCUAUGGCUCUCGAGCCAGAUGUGGCUCUUUUGAUGACUGUUUCUGGCUCUCAGAUUAAUUUUACCUGACAUUGCUUAACACAAUAAGUAAUUAAUAAUUCAGCUGGUAAUCACAAUAACGUUAAAUAUAUAAAACGUUCUCAUGCAUUUUAUUCCAUCCAUCCGUUUUCUACUGCACCUGUUCUAGAAGUCGCAUAAAUGGUAAGAAGUAUUUUAUUUAUUAUUGGUUAGCUUCUGAAUAGUGAAGUUAUUUAAAAGAAUAAGAUGCCGUAUUUUUCGGAGUAUAAGUCGCAGCUGCCGAAAAUGCAUAAUAAAGAAGAGAAAACUCACAUAUAAGUCGCACUGUAGUAUACGUCGCAUUUUUGGGGUAAAUUUAUUUGAUAAAACCCAACACUAGGAAUAGACAUUUGAAAGGCAAUUUAAAAUAAAUAAAGAAUAGUGAACAACAGGCUGAAUAAGUGUACGUUAUAUGACACAUAAAUCACCAACUGAGAAGGUGCCUGGUAUGUUAACGUAACAUAUUAUGGUAAGAGUCAUUCAAAUAACUAUAACAUAUACAACAUGCUAUACGUUUACCAAAAAAUCUGUCACACCUAAUCGAUAAAUCUCAUGAAAUCUUAUACGUCUAGUCUCUUACGUGAAUGAGCUAAAUAAUAUUAUUUGAUAUUUUACGGUAAUGUGUUAAUAAUUUCACACAUAAAUCGCUCCUGAGUAUAAGUCGCACCCCUGGCCAAACUAUGAAAAAAACUGCGACUUAUAGUCCGAAAAAUACGGUACUUAUUAUACUCUAAAAAUGUUGGUGUUACUUAAAUAUGCACGCAUUUAGUUGUAUUCAGUGUUAAAAAAUAUUAUAUGGCUCUCACGGACAUACAUUUUAAAAUAUUUGGCUUUCAUGGCUCUCUCAGCCAAAAAGGUUCCCGACCCCGGACCUAAAAUCAUCAGCCCGGAUGUUGGCUCUUGGGCGCAGUUGGGUGUUCCAACAGGACAGUGACCCCAAACACACAUCAAAAGUGGUAAAGGAAUGGCUAAAUCAGGUUAGAAUUAAGGUUUUAGAAUGGCCUUCCCAAAGUCCUGACUUAAACGUGUAGACAAUGCUGAAGAAACAAGUCCAUGUCAGAAAACCAACACAAUUAUCUGAGCUGCACCAAUUUUGUCAAGAGGAGUGGUCAAAAACUCAACCAGAAGCUUGUGGAUGGCUACCAAAAGCGCCUUAUUGCAGUGAAACUUGCCAAGGGAGAUGUAAGCAAAUAUUAACAUUGCUGUAUGUAUACUUUUGACCCAGCAGAUUUGCUCACAUUUUCAGUAGAACCAUAAUAAUUUCUUAAAAACCAACAUACUUAUGACCAACAACUAUGUGCUCCAAUCAUCCAUCCAUUCAUCCAUCCAUUUUCCACCUCCUAUUACCUUUUGGGGUCGCGGGGGGCGCUGGUGCCUAUCUCAGCUACAAUCGGGCGGAAGGCGGUGCACACUCUGGACAAGGCGUCACCUCAUCCUCGAAGGCGGAGUACACCCUGGACAAGUCGCCACCUCAUCCUCUAUCACAAAAAAAAUAAGAGUUGUAGAAAUGAUUGGAAACUCAAGACAGCCAUGACAUUAUGUUCUUUACAAGUGUAUGUAAACUUUUGACCGCCACUAUAGAUUCUGUAUGUCUCUAAGAGGAAGUGAGGCAAAGAAUGUGUUUGCAGACUGUUAGAAGACCGAGUGGUUGUUUGUUUGUGGACUCGAGAGAAGUUAAAAAAAGAGCAUUACAGUAUCGUAUUAUUUUCAAGUCAUUAGCCUUUGCCCUGACUGCUGUGAUCCUAAUCAGCCUUUAUAAGGAAUUAUAAAAUGUUGUAUGCCAGCGUCAGAUUUUUAACUUUACACUUUAUCAAUAUGAACCACAUAAAACACACAGACUGAACUAUUGUAACUACCUUUUUUUUUUCCGCGAUUGCUGGUCAAUUGCGACUUGUAUCACUUGGAUGAAUAUUUUUUAUAACCACAAUGUUCUGUUUAUUUCUAAAAGUUGGUGAAGAUUGGUGUCCUUAUUAACUUGUCUGCACUGGACAAAAUAUUGUUUUUUAUCUUAUGUUGGUUACAGUUUUGCUAAAACGUGAUACAUUUCAAUUCUAUAAUUUUAUAAUACAUGGAUUUUGUCAAAAAUGUACAGAAAUCUAAAAGAGACAAAUACAUUUGAGAAAUAAUGUAAAUCCAACUCAUUUUAUAGAGACUAAUUAUAGUAUUGCAUGCAAAAAAUAAUGUAAAAUACAAGAUGCAUGAGAUGAUCAAAAUAAUUGUAACAUCGCACAGUCACUCUCAAUUCUGUCUAUUAAUCUACUUUGUCACGUGCAAUGUUUGGCUCUGACAUAACCGAGCAGCAAAUGAAAAAUUAUUGAUAAUAUUUACGUUAAAAAAAUUAACAAGAAGUCUUGUGUACAAAAAGAGACUUACUGCUGUAUCAAAACAUUUAGCAAACUUGAAAAAAAGGUUCUCCAAGUAAAAUUCUAAAGUAUCCGUUACUAAUCAUUGUGUUUUGCAAAUUAAACAAACCUUUAAUGACCCGUUAAAUCCAAACCUAAUUUCUGAAUUCAAGUUGGUAAUGAGACAUGACGGACAUGAUUGAACUAUCUCUAUUUAGUAAGUUAUUUCUAAUUUCAAAACUAUAUAUAUAUAUGUAUAUAUAUAUAUAUAUAUAUAUAUAUAUGUAUAUAUAUAUAUAUAUAUAUGUGUGUGUGUGUGUGUACAUAUAUAUAUAUAUAUAUAUAUAACAUAUGUACAUGUUAUGUAUACAUACAUAAACAUAUAUAUAUGUAUGUAUACAUGUAUAUGUAUAACAUAUAUAUGUUAUAUAUACAUAUAUGUAUUUAUAUAUAUAAAUAUGUAUGUAUAUAUAUAUACAUACAUAUGUAUAUUUGUACAGUAUGUAUAUAUUUAUAUAUACACAAACAAAUGUACAUAUAUCCUAUAUAUAUACACUAAUAUGUGUGUAUAUAUGCAUAUAUAUAUAUAUAUAUAUAUAUAUAUAUAUAUAUAUAUAUAUACACACAUAUAUACAUAUAGAUAUAUAUACACACAUAUAUAUAUACAUAUAUAUAUACACACACAUAUACACACACACAUAUAUAUAUACACACACAUAUAUAUAUAUAUAUAUAUAUAUAUGUAUGAGUGUGUGUGUUUGUAUAUAUGUAGAACAACUGGAGAUUAGAAAACAUGUUGGGUUUUUUUUUAAGUGCCUACAAUUUAAAAGCCCACACAAUUGUUGUCAGAAACUAUUCACUUUCUUCAGUUUGUUUUUUUCCAGAACGUUGUACUUUGCACACUAUAUGCAUUAUAUUUAUACUUGUAUGAAGAAUAUGUGGGAAUUGUCAUACCUUUUGUUUUGUUGAGGUCUUUACUGGAGAUAAAGAUUGAUUAAAAAAAAAUUGAGUGUG